GGACUUAAUGCGGUCUUUUGGGGAAAGGGUAACAAUUAAACUAUAGUAAUCUUGGUAAACUACGAAAACUAGACUCCAGAAUUGAGAUAAACCUCCCCGAAGGACAAUACCGGUUUCACCAGUACAUGGAGUCAGUAGCAGAAACAACAAGGAUUUAAAUGAAAAAAAAAAAGCGGUUUACAAAAAGCCUCUCUUUACUUUUUCCCCUUCAUGUUCUUCAACUGAGGAAAAAACGGGCGCCUUUAGCUUCUGAGAUGCCUGUCUAUGUAAGAUUUUAUUAAAUAGAAUAUUGAUCCUCCCCACAACUAGUCAAUCUUCUUUAUUUUAAUUGCGUAUGCGUGCAUUCUUUCCACGAUAUCAGUAAACUCAAUUAAUGGAAAAGUGGCGCAUAAACAAAUCAUAGAGAGAUAUUGGCUGAUGUAAUGUCAAAAUCUAAGGACAAUUGAUUGAAGCUAGAGUUUUCAGCCUGUCCACAUUAUACAGAUCAUGUAAUUUAGAACAUGAAUGAGUGAUGAAAGUAUCACAGCAUACGUAAAAUGUGUGUGAUUUUAACUUCCUGACAAAUUUUAAAAAGGCGAAGCCUCGUCAAUUUGGUCACCUUUGCGCCAUAAAUUUGUGGUCGUAUCAAAGGGGUAUUAAAAGUGGGAAAAUGACCGACCAAGAACUUUCUUUGGCCCAGAAAAAAGUGCAUGCAAUAGCGACACAUUCGCACUUAACGGAGUGAUUGUUAGUCCGAGCUCCACAACACUUAGUCCAAAAAUCUGAACUCUGAACCUUGAUGUAAGUUUAUUGCAAUUACAAAUUUUCCUUUCGAGAUGCGUUCGUUCUAACUAGCGAGGGAAGUUCCACUCAACUGAGCUGAACUGUUGGAGUGCUUUCCAUGUCUAAAAGAAAACAAAUUCGCGUGGGGGACAUAAGUGAUAAUAUAGUACAAGUGGUGGUACGCUCUGAAAUGAUUUCUUGCUCAGAAUUCUGCGAUUAGUUUGAUGUUUACCAAAACUUAGAACGUGGAAUUGUGAUGCAUACCCAUUUCAUUUCCAAGUUAAUUUUAAUAUCAGUUUGACAUACAGAUGGAUCCCGUUAAUUCAAACUAACGAAUGCCCCGUUAUUUCAAACUCAAAACCAUUGUCCUAGGAUUUGCCCUUCAGUAAUUUACUAACGGCUACUUCCAACUAUUUUUCGCUUCCCCUGAGAGUUCGAAAUAGCGGGAUUUAAGUGUAUAAUGAAAACAUUCUCCUGGCAGAUGGUUAUAACAUGCACUUUGGCCACUCAGCCUUUGGAUAUUCCGUCCUCUGAAUGGACAGAAGUGCUCGAGGACCUGGAGCCGAAUAGUUGGUUACAACGACAAGAACAAGGUAGUAUAAAUUGAUUGCAAUCAAUUCCAUCUUUUUUUGGAUCACUGAACUAUUCCAAUAAGUAGUGAACAUUCUUGUGACGAAAAUUAAAUCAAGGAACCGACUGCUUUUGUCCUCCUCUUUUCCAUUGUUUCCUUCAUGCCUACCAUCCCGUGCAAAUGUUUCGUCUUGUAGAGAGAAGAGAAAGUAACAAACGCCUCAGGAAAACAAUGCUGCUCCUACUUUCUCUAUUUUUUUUAGAACAAAAAACUAUGGCACAGCUAGGAAGGCAUUGCACUUCUGGCGUGUAUCGAUAUCAUAACUCGACGAUGCACGCUGAAGCAUGAGUCAAUUGUUCAUAUUUUCACUCCAACAGCUCGUUCUCGCCUAAGGUGCCACGUCUGCUUAGAGCCACUGUCUUUGGAGAAUUGCACUGCAGUACAGACAUCACGACUGUGUGAAACAGGCUUUAGCUGCUACACACUUCAGGCUUUUGAGACUCUCCUGAACACAGAUAUCUUUGCAAAAGGUUGUAUUCCAGAAAUGUUUUGUAGUGGAAACCGUGGGUGUGAGAUUCUGAACCAAUCUCGCAACGGCACGAUCGAAUCCUGCUCUUUCUAUUGUUGCCACACGGAGCAAUGCAAUGCUGGUUCGAGUGUUUCAUCAACAUCUCCACCCCUUCCAACGACCACCGAAGAACCUGCAACUUUAACGGCGGUUCCAACGACUCAACCUGAGCAAUGUGGUGGUUCACUGUCGGGCUCAUCCGGGAGCUUUUCAUCUCCUAAUUACCCUGGCAACUACCCUAACAACGCCCGUUGUAUUUGGACAACCACUGUUCCACGAGGAUCACAAUUCAGAAUAGAAUUUGUCUUUUUUCACACUGAAAGGCGGUAUGAUUACUUAAACGUCUAUGUGGGGAGACGGCUUGUCCGUCAUUUAACUGGAAAAGGCAGCCACAAAGACAAAGUAACUCACAUACAAGGAACGGGCGAGUUGAUAAGCAUCGUUUUCAGAUCUGACCACAGUGUCACCAGGAGGGGAUUCUAUGCUAAGUACCGCAUAGGGCACGAACCCACAUGUGGAGGACCAUUGACCGGUUCAUCCGGAAACUUUAAAUCUCCUGGUUACCCUGGUAAUUACCCAAAUAAUAUCGAGUGCAAAUGGACUAUUACUGUGCCGAGAAGAUCCUACCUUGUAUUGGCUUUUCGUACCUUUGACACUGAACGAUGUCAUGAUUACGUUAAAAUUUUCCGUGGGAGCCGUUUGACGCGUAAAUUGAGCGGUAGAAACGGUCGUUACAGAGGCCGAGACGAUAAAAGGUUCUUGUAUCAAGACGAUGACGAAUGCGAUGAUGAUGAUGAUGAUGAUGAUGAUGAUGUUGAUUAUGACGAUGACAACAACAACAACGACGACAACUAUAACGGUUAUCAAAGUGUUGCUGAUGAUUCAGAAAGAACGUAUCGCCGGUACACGUAUGCCCGACGGGCGAAGAACCGCCAUGUGUCCCGUACUAAGAGCCGCUAUCGUCCUAGAGGCCGCCAUGGCUCCCAGGCGAAAGGCCGUUAUGGGUCCCGGGGGAGAAACCGUCAUCGUUCACCGUACGUUGCCCGAGUGUACAUGCGAGGAACGGGAGAGCAGAUAUCAAUCGUUUUCAAAUCCAAUCACCGUAAUAGAAGAAAAGGAUUCCUCGCUUCGUAUCGAGUUUCACAAGGUCGCUAUGGUGGUGGAUAAUUCUUCAAGUCCCAAGAACAACACAGCGAGAAGCAAAUGACAGGGUGGAUGGAAGACUUCACAAAUUGUUAAUUUUUAUGUUAUAUUUUUAUCAUCUUGUUUGAAUUAUUAAUUUUCGCCUGUUUUCGUUGCCGUCUUUCAGUUGCAGAUGAAACUAGCAAAUAAAUGAAUAGCAAAGAAACAUGAAUCUGAAUUACUUUCUUGUCACAAGUUUUGGUAGUUCGAAUUCUAGUAGUCUCGGCUAUCCAAAAGAUUCACUCAGGUCAUUGCACACGUGAUAUGAUGAUUUCAUAUCACGAAGUACGAUGUACCCCUGUAAAAAACGUUUAAGCCCACUACAAAUUCCCAUCAUCUGCCUUCUUAGCUUUCCCUUCAUUCUCCUUCCAAUAAGAAGUGCUGAACUGCAUCGUCCAUUGCGAUUGAAAAUUUCUUCAUCUAUCGUUAACUAGUUCUCUCAUCAACAAUUUCUUUCACGAAGAAGAAUAAUCCAUCGAGCCCGCGCUUGUGUAUAACAUAUCUUCUGAGUUCUGGAAACAUGAUUUUCCCUGGAUAAAAGAUAAUAGCAUCAACAUUAAAACAUUCAAGGACACAGACUUCAUUUUUGGCAAGCAUCACGACAUUAAAGAAGACAAGCUUCGCUAAAAUCAUUCACCUUACAAUUAUUGCUAAGGACUAAUACAGUGCGAAAGGCAGGUUGACAGCUAAUUAUAUAGCAGAUAGGACAGGCUAUAUCUGUUUGCCCUGUAUUGUUCCUUUCUCCUUUCUUACCUUGGUUUAAAUUUUAUAGUUACAUCAGGAAAGAUUCUCUCUUGCUAUUUGUUACUCAAAUUUGAAUUUACUCAAAUUUUAAAUCAUUUGAAGAACGCGCAUCUCCUCCCUAUAAGCAUAUGCAAAUGAACCAAUAUGGAGCGUUCUGUAUUGGGUUAAUGUUAAACAAUAGGAGGGUCUGGAUGGGGUUAACUGCAGUUGACAAAUGGCACGUUGAAAUUUAGGCUUUAAUUUCAUUAGAAGUUGCUGGUAAGAAAUUGAGAUGCUUGUUUUGUAAAUAGAUGGAAACUAGAAAACAAAGAAUUAAAAAAAGAAGGGUUUUGCGUUUAACUAGAUGCAUAUUUUCUAUGAAAGGAAUCAAUAAGGGAAGGUUUAAGCCAUUUAAGGUCUUCGCUAGUAUAUUAACAGCCACAGCUUAACCGAUCACUGACAAAUGACGCAAAUUUAACUGACAAAUAGACAAAAUUUGUGAUGACUGACAUUCGCAACGAGUCAAACUCAGUAGGCCAUUUUCGGGUUACCUUGUGCCUCUGUUUCAAAACGAGUCUUCGUGCAAACCCUUUGUUAUGAAAAUAAAUUUGAUUUGCAUGAGA